UUCUUUAAAUUCACAAUCACACUGCUUUAAUCUGUGAUUCAUACUAAAUAGUGUAUUUUUUUUUUCUAGAUCUUUAAAUGUUAUUAAAUUCAAAUCUUUAGACUGAAAACAUGAAUUGAUACUUCAUAUGUGUUUUUCUAAAAUGAAUGAUAAAAUAUACGAAAACAUGUUACUUAGACGUAGAUUUUGUAAACGCGUUAUUUUUAUGGUUGCGGCGUUUGGAUUGUCUUUUUAUGCUUCUAUUCUAUUGUUUGGCGAUCUUAAAACCCCGAGAGUGAUGCAUUUAACCGAUUUGAAUAGAUGUCCAGCUUGCUACGGCAUAUCUGUGUGUCCUGAAUUAUACUCGAAUCAAAUUAUUCUAGAAUCUAGUUCUAAUUGGAUGGGAAUUUUUAAUGCGAAGAAUAUUUAUUAUGGUUAUACAAAAUCCAAUCGGCGGGUUGUUUUAAAGAAAUUGGCACACGACUGGGAACUUAAAGAGUUUGAUUCGAAGAUUUGCAAGACAUGGCGUUUGAAACGCAACUGUAAACCGAUUAAUUUACUCAAUGUUUCUAACAUGGAUGACAAGAUUAUAGAUAUUGUUAAGUACAAUCUCAGUUUCCCGGAUACAGAGCCGCGGAAGGGUCUGGUUUUAUGUCCGUAUGCCUACAGUAUUUAUGAUCUGGCACAACCUGUCUUGAAUAGUAAAAGGUCUAAUUAUAAAUCUGAUGUGAUAAAUCUUUGGACUAUGUUGAGUAUUAAUCCAGAGCCGAUUAUUUUGCAAGUAAUACCAAAAUCUCAUGGUUGGCCUGUACCAGCAUAUGGUGGUGUAUGCGGACGGAUCGAAGUGGUGGCAUUUGAAGGAGAAUCCCUCUCAUCAUUACUGCAUGUGGCUUGGUAUCGCAAAUUAAAAUAUGCCAAGAAAAUACUAGAUGCUGCUAUGGAUUUUACUUUUAAACAUGAUAGAUUCCGGUUCUACUUCAUGGACUGGUCACUAGACAAUAUAGUGGCCAAUGAAAGAGAUGAAAUCACUUUUAUUGAUUUGGAAGAUGUCAUUGUCCUUGACAAGCAUAUUUCACCACGUAACGAUCUCCCAGACUGGUACCGUCGUUACUCGCGAGAGAAUAUUGGGUCUGGCUUCACAUUUUCAAUAGAAAACAUGUGCAAACACCAUCUGAGUGAUCAUAAUCUAUGGGCGGCAUGUUAUUUACUGGUAGGCGAUGAGAGCCCAUUGCUAUACCCUAUACCCAAAGAAGUUAAUUCAUCCAGACCACAUUUUUAUCGCUUGCUCACUGAGUGUUUGAAUGGGGAUGAUAGAUUUCGAACAGUUACAAGACUCCAGCAUGUCAUUUCAGAUAUGCUAAUGGAUGAGAAAAUUGUAGGGUUUGGUGUUAUUAGAUGAUAGUUUUUUUUACUAUGGUAAGUACAUGCUUACCUGUAAUUUUGUGUUCCAUUUAAAAAUAAGUUUCUAUAUUGUGAUAUUUUAUAGUAGGUAUUGUUAAACUUUAUAAGUUUUUCUUCAUCUGGAAUAAUAAUGAGCAAUGAGCAUAUUUUUACUUUGUUCAAAACAAUCUUAAAUAUCUGGCUGGAGAAAAUUAUCGUAUGGAAUUGUCAUGUUUGUAUAAUUAUUUUAUCAAACAUAUUUUAAUUUGUUGCUUAGGGCACCACAAUAAAAAAAUAUCUUUUUUAAAA